GUAUUUAGCUCCUCAGUCUUGGCUUCAGUGGCCUCCUAGAUAGCCUCCGGAGUGUAGGAGCGAUAUCUAGACACCAGGCACCUUUUCGACAACGGCUCUUCUCCCACGAGCAUUGGCAUCCAUUUCCCACCAUCUCUUCAGUCUUCAUAUCCAUUAUUCAUACUCUUCUACAGGCCCACAGCUUCUUCAACCCCCAAGGCAUUUUUAUAACGUUCCCCUUGCGACCACUUCAGCAAAUCGAACACCAUAACCAGACCGCUGUCACGCGCGUCCCCCCCUGACUCUCAGAGUAGGACACCACUUCAUUGCUAUCUCUUUUUGGGGAUCUCGGAAUAUUUGCCACCAUUCGGUGGCUGCAGCGCUCUGCAGGAAUAAUCACAUACGAAAGGCCAAGGGAAGAGAUCCAAAUCAGGGAAAAGAACACUUUGCAGUAGCCACGUAUCCGCGGUCAGCGCCUGUUUGCGUUUACAGGCGCUUCUACUGAACUUAUAAAAAAUUGACCAUAAUGGCAGGCACAAGGAACUACGAUUUUUUGAUCAAAUUACUACUUAUCGGCGACUCUGGGGUCGGAAAAUCAUGCUGUCUUUUACGGUUCAGCGAGGAUUCCUUUACACCGUCUUUCAUCACCACAAUUGGCAUCGACUUCAAGAUUCGCACGAUUGAGUUGGACGGCAAGCGUGUCAAACUCCAGAUUUGGGAUACGGCUGGGCAGGAACGGUUUAGGACGAUUACGACGGCUUAUUACAGGGGAGCAAUGGGCAUACUCCUUGUUUAUGAUGUCACAGAUGAGCGUUCAUUUCACAAUAUUCGGACCUGGUUCAACAAUGUUGAACAGCAUGCAAGCGAGGGUGUUCAUAAAAUACUCAUCGGAAACAAGUGCGAUUGGGAAGAAAAAAGGGCUGUGUCUACAGAACAAGGUCAACAGCUCGCUGACGAACUCGGCAUCCCGUUUCUCGAGGUAUCUGCUAAGAACAAUAUCAACAUUGAGAAAGCUUUCUAUAACCUUGCUUCAGACAUAAAGAAGGGAAUGGAUACUUCUAAAUCUGAACAAUCCGGCUCUCAGGGUGUCACUAUAGAUCAGCAAGGUUCUGGUGCGAAUGGCAACGCGGGGGGGAAGUGCUGUUAGAUGAGUAGUUGAACACCACCGCCUUUCCAUAUUUGGCCUCUCACUCUUUAUCCAUGUCUUCUACCAAAUUAUGUGCUAUGUUCCAAUUGUUUAGAUUCCCAAGUAGUUUGAACCAAUGAAUGCCAGCAAAUAUCAUAUCUACAUGAGAUGAAGCCUCUUUGCUAACAUUAAUAUCGAAUAGACCAGCUAAUAUAACCAUUUUUAGGAUACCCAAAUCUACUUACGAUGACCAGAGCUAUCGCCUGCAAAAUUGAUAGUAUCCUUAUUGCUUGUUAUUCCCACUGAAAAGGCCCUUGGUGAUGUUAGUAUCAUCUUAGUGUGAGAUUCCAU